AUGCUGGUUGUUCGCAGGAGCAACUUCUCACCGCUGGCUCCAGGUACCAGGCCAUUACCAGCCCACUUGGCGCGCAAACCCGAGGCGCGGAAGGAGUUGGAAUCGGCAGUACCGGUGGCAGGGAAUCCGUUUGGCGAUGGGCGAUCUCCGUAUCAGUGGGCCGAGUUCGAGACGGUGGACAGCACUAAUCACCCUAACCACCAGUCCGCCCCACCAUCCACGCAGGUCGACCUCAGCAAGAGCGAACAGAUCUGGUAUUACCUGGGCGAAUCCUCCACCGAGUGUAGGGCACAGUAUACACACAGCCCUAGCGUGCCUGUCCACAACCCGCGCGCGAAUUUCCUGGACAGCGUCAAGUCGCUCGGCGCCGUGAUGGCCCGACUCCCCUCUUACCCCCACCAUCUCGCUCCGCCUCAUCAUUAUGGUGCUGGUGCUGGUGCUGGUGUUGGUGUUGGUGCUGGUGCCCCUCACCCUCAUCUCUUGUCUCCCCUGACCGCCUCUACUGUUGCUGCCGCUUCUGCUGCUGCCGCCACCACUACUGCUGCCACGACCACCACCACGACCACCUCCGCCGCCGCCGCUGCUGCUGCUGCUGCUGCCGCAUCCCGCCGCCCUUCCCUGUUGCAGCACGCUCCUCUUGCCCCUCCUCGUCCUGCGCCUCCCACUGCCUCCUCCCCUGCUGCGAUGCCGUCUGCUUACCGAUCCUUGCCAACUCAAUCAGCCCGCCAUGCUCCGUAUCCCCAGGUCACCAAAUCUCACCACCAACAAUCCCUUUCCCGUUCGCAGCAAAUUCACAAUCACCAUCACCAUCAACAGCAGCGGCAGCAGACCACCAAUAACCUCCCCGCCAAUAAUUUCGCCAAUGUCAGAGAGCUUAUUGCCCGUCGUCGUCUGGCCCAGAUCACCGACCAUGCCAAUGUUUUCGCCGGGUACAACAUUGUUAGCCCGGAGUUGGUCGUAGAGACCCUCCUGGGUCCAAUGGGUUCGGUACCACCGCCGACCGGGUUGGAGAAAUUGGAGCUGGCCAUGGCUCAGCAGCGAGUGCAGCCUCGUGCACCGGAUGGAACGCUGUUGCCACUACAACCCCUUAACAUGCGGUCCGAGGAGGUGACGCAGUUGUUGCAGAUGCUCCGGUUCUCGCUGAAAAAGGAGGCGGAAAACAUCAAGCAAGAGGCCACCAACGGAGGGAGCCUUGCUGCCACCAAGUUGCCUCGCAAGUACGCCUACCUUGAGCAGCAGCGGGAGCAGGUGCCGACCGUCUACCAGUCGCCGUACGACAUGCCCUCCGGAUUCACGGAGUAUGCCCAGAAGACCUUUGGCUUGACUCCUUGCCAACCCGAACUGCCCAAGCCCUCUUUGGCAAAUGACUAUUUUGCCAGCCUCUCCCCGGAGGAUCAGGAAAAGAUUUUGAAGACGUGUGGCAGUUUCGUUCAGCGAGCCAUCGAACGGUCGGCUAGUCACAGCCGCCAAAGCUCCGCCUCCAAUCUCCGGCUAGCGUCAGCACUGGCUCAGCAGACUGAGAACCCGACCAUCGACAUCACCACCGUCGAGGACAUGCCAUUCCCAAACCUCGAUUUCCCGCUGCAUGCCGAUUCUCCCUGCUCAAGUUUCAGCCGGUCGCAUCUGCGGUUCCAGUCCCCCAAUGACUUUACCAACCACGGGCCUGAGACCCACCACGACCACCAUGACCUCUUUGGGGACCAACAGGCCAACACGAGGUUCUGGCAGCAUGGGCCCUGGGCAGCGGGUGAUGGUAACACCCCCAACGAAGAGACUCGGCCAUUCUUUGGACCUCAUGAACGACUCAAGCAUGACUAUGCUUCCUCCGACAUCUCUCUGGGCCGUGGUGGCCCCGGAUCUCUGCACUCCGUCGACAUGGCCGGCUUCGGCCUGGAUGGAACGGACGACCUCUGCAACGUUCUGAGCCCGUGA